AUGUCAACUCUCCCUCCCCGCUGGCAGGGCAUCUGCUCCUUCGAGCCACCGCCGGUGACACCUACAACAGAAACUACGACUCAAGGCCCUUCAUACAACUGCCACGCAGAUUACGACAACAGAUUGAGCUGGCCAGAGCAGAAGAGGGCGUGGUGCUGUGCCCGCUAUCACGUGGCCUGCUUCGAAGCUCCGACACAGUUGUACCACUGCGACCAUGCCUAUGGCAAUUGGGAGACGACAUGGACUCCCCACAAGAAGGCGUGGUGUUGUUUCCACCUCGGCAAAGGCUGCAACUUCCAUUAUCACGACGACCACUACCACUACCACAUCAUCCACCAUUAUGACUGCCAAGCAGGUUUGUCCAACUGGAAGGCCGGAUGGUCGGAGAAUAAGAAAUCCUGGUGCUGCCAACACGAAGGAACCGGAUGCGUAGCCAAAUUUGACUGCCAUGCUGGUCUCGCCAACUGGCAUGCUGGCUGGUCGCCGCACAAAAAGACUUGGUGCUGCGGCCACUUUGGUCUUGGCUGUGCCGCAUCCAAGCCCUUUGACUGUUUUGCGGGGCUGUCCAACUGGCAAGCUGGGUGGUCGCCUGCGAAGAAGUCGUGGUGCUGCGUGCACGAGGGCAAGGGAUGCGAGAGUGGAGCUGCGGUACCCGCAGAUGCUUCUGACUACCAUCUUACAAGGCAGACGUAUCACUAUCAUUAUGAAUGA